AUGUCUCCUCCUAAUACUCUCCAGCUUAACCAAUCUGGUCCCAUUGAAUUUGUGUUCCAAGUGUUUUCUGCUUCCCCAAUGUUCCAAGCUCUCCUCUUCUGUUUCUUCUUCUUUCUUUAUGUGAUGAUUCUCUGUGGGAACACUGCCAUUGUCUGGGUUGUGUUCACCCAUAGUUCCCUGCACACCCCCAUGUACUUUUUCCUGUCCAACCUGUCCUUCCUGGAGAUCUGUUACACCACUACUCUGGUACCAUUGAUGCUCUCCAAUAUCUUUGAUAACCAAAAACCCAUCUCACUGGCUGGCUGUGGAGUCCAAAUGUUCUUUUUUGUCACCCUUGGAGGCACUGACUGUUUUCUAUUGGCUGUCAUGGCAUAUGACCGCUAUGUGGCCAUCUGCCAUCCACUGCACUAUACUCUCAUCAUGACCCAAAGGCUCUGUAUCCAGAUGGUGGCUAGCUGUCUAUGCCUGGCUAUUUUUCUUGCCCUGAAUCUCACAGCACUGGUCUUCACCUUGCCCUUCUGUGGGUACCACAGGGUGAUCAAACACUUCUUCUGUGAUGUGCCACCUGUCCUAAGACUGGCCUGUGCUGACACCCGCAUUCCCCAGGCUGUAGUCUAUGUGGUAAGCAUCAUUCUCUUGACCAUCCCAUUUCUGCUUAUCUGCAUCACCUAUGUCUUCAUCACCAACACCAUCUUGCAUAUUCGCUCAGCUGAGGGCCGACAGAGGGCCUUUUCCACCUGCUCUUCCCAUCUCACUGUGGUCCUGAUACAAUAUGGCUGCUGCAGUUUAGUCUACUUACGUCCUCCUUCAAGCUCCACAGAGGAUGAGGAUAAGCUACUUGCCUUGGUCUAUACCUUUGUCACUCCUCUGCUCAAUCCCAUUAUUUAUACCCUUCGGAACAAGGAUGUCAAAAAUGCUCUGAAAAAAGUCAUGAUCAGCACCAAAUAA